UGAGGUGGUUGAGCGGGGGGUAUGAGCCCAUUGGGAUGGUAGUGUACGCUAGUAUACUCUGGAAGGUAGAAAUGAGUAGGGAACUUAAGUGCGAAGCACGUCGUCUUGUCUCGUGCUUGGAGGUGAUUGUAUUGAGCGCAUCUAGCGUGGUUGCUUGUAUGCCACGUGCCUUCUUCACAAGAGAGCAUGUUGAUUUCAUUGACAAGCUCAAAUUCAAGGAAGCACUUGAGGAGGCCGUAAAGAAGGAACGGGAGGAGCUUGAGCGAUUGAGGGGUAGUGCGAAGGAGGGUGAUAACUCAAAAGAAAAAGGAAAAGAGAUAGAAAAAAGUAAGGCGAAGGAAGCUGGGAAGAAACAGGGCGGUAGGGAAAAGGAUAAAGGGAAGGGUAAAAUGGUUGAUGAUGGUAAAGAAGAUGCAAUGAAAAAAUGGGUAGGGGAGAAUUUUGGUAAUUCGUUGAGAAUUCUGUCGGAGAAAUUGGAGGAGGUGGACAGGCGGUCGAAACUCAAUGAUGGAGAGCUUGAGGAAUUGAAGAUGCUGAGAGUGGAGAAGGAACUAAGAGAGCUACGAGAGAAUUCAAGUAGUGAAAAGAAAAGGAAAAUGUCAAUAUCACCAUUGAAACCCAGAGCAGGGAAGGUUAAGUCUCGAUCUGGACUCUUGAAGAAGAACAGUCGAGGGGCAGCGCGGGAGCAUGUCGUAGUUUCCUCUGAUGAUGAGAGCAAGGGUAGGGAUGCUGUGGUCCAGAACCUGAGCAGCAGGUUGGACGCGCCAGGUGUUUCGAAACCUAGUGAGCUAACGGAGAUAAAGGACCUGCUGAAGGUUGUACUGGCUGGAAAAGGACAAGGAGUGGCAAACGCUGGGGCUUCGUUUGGAAGUAACGCAGAAGGGAAGAAGGACAGUGGACAGGCAAACGGGUUGGCAAAGGACGCAGGGACGGAGAAGGAGCUGGGUAAGGAAAAGGAAGGGGGCUGCGAUGAGGAAUCGUUGGGACUAUACUACAAGGACAGAGUGGUCCACUAUGAUUCGUUACACUACACGGAGGUGCAGCUGCUAUGCAAAAGCAGAGGUCUCACGUACAAGCGGAAGGAAGCUGGCGUUUGGGAAUUGACCCAUCUGGACUUCGAAGAAUACAGGGCAUCUAUGAAAAGAGAAGAUGAGGAAAGCAAAGUAGAAGAGAAGAGUGAGGAGGAUGAGGAGAAGAAGGACAGCAGUUCGGAAUCUGAUCAUGACUCAGAGGCAGCCGUCGCGGGAAACUGAUACAGGCUUCUAAGCGUUCCCUGCUGCGUGCAUGCAGGAAACUGGCGGAUCUGAUUAGCAAACAUGGGGCACUCGUUGAGAAGGAAGCGAGGACUAUGUUGAAAUUGCUUACCUUAUUGUUGUGUCUGAAAGGGGAAUUAAAAUGGGGGCGGACGUAUGUAAAAUUUUGGAAAGAUAUGAGCAGGGAGGAUUGGGAUUCGCUUCUAACAGGGGAAAGUUGUGUUUAUCUACUAAUCUCACCUUUCUUUAAGCUUACUUACGUUGGCAAGACGGAAAGGGGGCUACAGACAAGAUGGCAAGAGCACGUUCGGGCAGCCAACACUAUGGAUGCUGCCCCUAGGCAGAAAGUGCAUCGAUGGAUGAAUAAAAUGGGCACGAAGUG